GCCCGGCCGCGCCCGCCUGACGUCACGUCCGCCGCGACUUCUUGAGAAGAAGAUGGCUGCCCUCUGCGGCGUCCGCUGGCUGACCCGAGCCCUGUUCGCGGCCCCGAACCCCGGACCAUGGAGGAGUCUGUGUACCUCCCCCGUGGCCCACGCCGCCUCGCGGAGCCAGGCAGAGGACGUGAAGGUUGAGGGCGCCUUUCCUGUGACCAUGCUCCCAGGAGACGGCGUGGGACCUGAAUUGAUGCACGCUGUCAAGGAAGUGUUCAAAGCUGCUUCUGUCCCCGUGGAGUUUCAGGAACAUCACCUGAGUGAGGUGCAGAAUAUGGCCUCUGAGGAGAAGCUGGAGCAGGUGUUGAGUUCUAUGAAGGAGAACAAGGUGGCCAUCAUUGGAAAGAUUCACACUCCGAUGGAGUACAAGGGAGAACUAGCCUCCUAUGAUAUGAGACUGAGGCGUAAGUUGGACUUGUUUGCUAAUGUGGUCCAUGUGAAGUCACUUCCUGGGUACAUGACUCGACACAACAAUCUAGAUCUGGUGAUUAUUCGGGAGCAGACGGAAGGCGAGUAUAGCUCUCUGGAACAUGAGAGUGCAAGGGGCGUGAUUGAAUGCUUGAAGAUUGUCACUCGAACAAAAUCUCAGCGGAUUGCAAAGUUUGCUUUUGACUAUGCCACUAAGAAGGGGCGGGGCAAAGUCACAGCCGUCCACAAAGCCAACAUCAUGAAACUUGGGGAUGGGCUAUUCCUGCAGUGCUGUGAAGAAGUCGCUGAACUGUACCCCAAAAUUAAGUUUGAGACAAUGAUCAUAGACAACUGCUGCAUGCAGCUGGUGCAGAACCCUUACCAAUUUGAUGUUCUUGUGAUGCCCAAUUUGUAUGGCAACAUUAUUGACAAUCUUGCUGCUGGCCUGGUUGGGGGCGCGGGCGUGGUCCCUGGGGAGAGCUACAGCGCAGAGUAUGCUGUCUUUGAGACGGGCGCUCGGCACCCUUUUGCCCAGGCAGUGGGCAGGAAUAUUGCCAACCCCACAGCCAUGUUGCUGUCAGCUUCCAACAUGCUGCGGCAUCUCAAUCUCGAGUAUCACUCCAACAUGAUUGCAGAUGCUGUGAAGAAAGUGAUCAAAGUUGGCAAGGUUCGGACUCGAGACAUGGGCGGCUACAGCACCACAACUGACUUCAUCAAGUCCGUCAUCGGCCAUCUGCACCCCCAUGGGGGCUAGAACCCUUCCCCCCCUUCCAACCUCACAAGGACCAUACUACCUACACAUCCCAGUACAGUGGACCAGCCAGAGAAGAGCCCUUAACCCUAAACCACAAUCUCACCUGGGCAGAGCCUAGGUUGUCCUGGGGCUGGCUUCCUAGGGGACUGCUGGUGGCGGGGGUGGCUGUUAGGGCAGGGCCUAGGCCACAGGGAUGAUGACAAUUCUCCCCUACAGGUUCGAACUUCUGACAUGGGUGGCUACGCCACCUGCCACGACUUCACUGAGGCCGUCAUUGAUGCUCUGGCCCUCCCUUAGGUCCCACCCACA